AUGAAGAAUGAGAUGGAGAAUAAAGAGGCAGAGAACUUCAAGAUGAAAGAGAAGUACAAAGUCCUGAUGAACCUGGUAGAAGCUCAAGGCACUGUCAUUAGGAACAUGAAGAUGAAUCAUUUGAAAGAGAAGGAAAAGCUAGCUGAAGGCAAUUACAAUUUAAAGAUCCAGGUUGAUGAGCUCACCAAGUCUUUGGAAAAAGUCACAGAAGAGAAUGUGCAGUUGAACCUUCACAUGUCUGAUCUCAAGAGGGGACAUGAGAAUCUGAUAAAACGCAUGGAUGAGGUAAAGCUCCAGCUUGCUGUUGAGUUGAAGUCACUGGAGAAGAGCAAAGAGGAGAGUUGA